AUGGGCCAGAAGAGCGGUACCAACACCACUGGCAAGGAGGCCGGCGAGGCCAAGGACGCUCCCGUCGAUGGCAAGCCUGGCAACGCCACCUCCGGCAACGGAACCAGCUCCGACAAGUCCGGCAACGGUGACGGCAAGGGCGAGGGCGAGGACGACGACGAGUUCCACGACACCCACGACACCGUCGUCACGGCUAACGACCCUCCCCGCCGCCGCGCCCCUCGCAAGAAGCCCGGCGUCGCCUCUGCGCUGGAGACCGCGGACGACGAUAAGUACGACGACGCGUGGCUCCCCGAGUACGACGACGGCCCCGCCAACGAGAAGGUCGUUGACGGCGAGUGGGUUGCCGUGAAGAAGCCGAAGCCGACUCGCUAG